CCAACGGUCAAACUCUUGUUUCUGGGCUUUCUUCUCCUUUUCGGCUAAAACCCUAAACCCUAAUUCGGGUGUACGGCUUCCGUUCAUGGUGUCGCUUUUGGUCCCUUGAGCCAAUGGCAAGGCCAAGCAGACGAAGCAGCAUAUAAUUCUGCUCCCGGAAGCUACCGCUAGAAAUAUCCGAUUUCGAAUUCGAGGUUUCCGACGAAGACCUUCAGUUCGUCGACGAGAAUCGUUACCAUGCCGCCUGCAUCUCUCGCCUGGACAAGGAAUCCAUCAACAAGUUCGUAAAUUUACUCUUCAAUUUAUCUCAUGCACUGCAAUUUCUUUAUGAGCUUCUGAAAGAUGGGAACUUGAGGAAACAAUGAAUGCACAGCUCCUCCUUGUGAAUUCCAUCCAAGUUAGUAGGAAAUUCAGAGUUUUUACUAAAAUUCGAGUAGAAGAGGUGAAAGAAGACCUUACAGCUGAAGAAGCAUUUGAGAGAAAAAUGCAUAAGCUGGUUGAGCUUGGAAUGGCACUGCUUGCAGAUCCAGAGACCAAUAUUAAGUCCUUGAAAGAGAUGUUACAAAUCUGUAAAGAUAGUGUGUUCAAUUCAUUCUAUAGUAAAACAUGGACUGCUUUCCUUGUUAGCCGUUUUCAAAGACAUUAUUCUGGGGUAAAAACCCUGCUUUUGUCCUGUACCAUCCUUUAAAAUUUUUUUUCCUGCAUUGCAGUUUGUAAUUCUCCAAUCCUCUUUCCAACAUGCAAUACAGACAUGCUACUGAAAAGAAGCUAGAAAUGAAAGUUUCCUAGGAAGUUAAGAAAAUGAGGUUUUACAAAUCAACAAUAUUGUCAACUUACAAGGUAUAUUUGCAAGGGUUGCUAGCAUGAGAAAAGCAGUCUUUAUUUCAUCAUGUGGCAGUUUGCUGUAUUUGCACUUUACUCAUUGUAGUUCAUCAUUUCAACUUUCUUGAAAGCUUGUUAAAUGCUGUUGUUAGAAACAGAGGCUCCUCAGAUAAUGUUAAAAGUAGUGACAAUCUGGCCAUUUCUUUCACCUAUUUUACGUUUGCAACACUUUAGAGGGACACGACUUGCAUUCCACUCAACCACAUUGCUAGUCCAUGAGUCCUAAAAGGUUCAAAGACCAAGAGACGAAACUAAAUAGCUCAGAGGUGUUAUAAUGUUCUCCUACACAGCUAGGGCACUUCCUUUGACAGCUUACCCAUUGUUUGUAUCCAAUACACCAAAGGGAUGUCACGCGUCAGCGAUGCUUACCAUGAGACUGUUGUAUGACUAUGAAGUCACUGUUUAAGAAUGAUAUGCAUCCUGCAGGCUUUUUUGAAGUUGUCUCUUGAACAAGAGGGCAUUAAAUCCAACAAGUGAAAUGCAGAAGUCAAAUAACAAGAGAAGAAGAGGAACUGUGCCCUCAAUAUCAUCCAGUAAUUAGCAUUGAGCCAACUUCAAUUGAUGAAAAUGAGGUGAGCAAGAAACUCAGUGAGCAUUUCAUGCUUCUUCAUGACAUCAAGGUGUAUGAGAGAUUAAGGGCUGUAUUAUUCCGCACAAACCCAUCUCUGCAAUUGUCUGAAGAUUACAAGAUUCAAAAGAAUACAGUAAAGCUCAAAUUCAAGAAGAGCCAAAAAAAAAAAAAGAAAAAAAAAGAAGAAGAAACCCUACUGUAAAGAAUGUUUAAACUCUGAAAUCUUGCAUACUUGGUUUGGUUCUUCAUGUUUUCUUAAUUCUUUCUUCUAACAAAUUCGACUUACUUUC